AUGGAAGCGUAUGAGAAUGCUCGGAUCUACAAGAAAAAAACUAAGGCAUUUCAUGAUCACUAUAUCCGGAAGAAAGACUUUCAAGAAGGUGACGAAGUUCUCCUUUACAACUCGAGGCUCGGAUUCUUGCUUGGAAAGCUCCAUUCAGGAUGGGAUGGACCCUUUAGAGUAAAGGAGGUAAAGCCCUAUAGUGUGGUCGAAUUACUCGAUCCUCAGAGUAAUGCAACAUUCAAAGUGAAUGGCCAUAGAGUGAAGAAGUAUCAUGGCCACAAAUUACCAAGAGAAGUGGAGGUGUUCCUACUUGAGGAUGCACCUAAAGGAGGAGAAGCUUAA